AAGUGGGCAGGUGGGCCCCAAUGAGUCCCCAUCGUGCCCGCACGUGCCGCACGUGGAGCGAGGAAUUGGGUCACUGCCCCAUGCGCCUCGUCCCGCAUCGGCCGCUACUGCACGCACCGGCCCCGAGUCUGCCAAUCACCGGUCCGCCUGUCGGUAGUCAAAACUUUCCUGCAUUAGAGAGGCUGCCCCCGUUGUGCUCCCGACACAUGGUGGGCCUGGCCAACCCCUCUCACCCUCUCCUUUCUUUCAAUCAUGCUUGAUCCUUUUCUCUGGCCCCCAUCCUCGAUCUGGGGGCCGCAGGAUCGUUCUCCAUUCUAUGCAUGUGAUGGCCCUUCAUGAUGUCAUCUAUUGAUUGCUCUUGUCUACAUAAUAUCUGAUUUCAUACAACUACUCUAUUGCCAUGGGUAACUUUCGCACAAGGUGGUACAAGACCGACCGAGCUCGGGAUUUCGAGCAUGAGCAGGACCGAGAGGUCAGAGCUCGGCAGGUGUAUGAUACUAUCGACCGCCAGGGAUUCCAGCUCUUAGUCGUCUUCGUUGCGGGUGUUGGGUUCUUUCUCGAUGGAUACACGCUGUUUGCAAGCAAUAUGGCCCUUCCGAUGAUCUCAUACGUGUACUGGAGAAAGGAAGUCUCGUCAAUAAAGAUCACUCUGUUCAACAUCGCGACAUUGGGUGGCACACUUCUGGGGCAGAUCUUGUUCGGGUAUCUGGCCGACCGAAACGGGCGCAAGAAGAUGUACGGCCUGGAAUUGAUCCUUAUGAUCACGUCAACCCUGGGCGUUGUCAUGGCCUCUCGUGGCGAGAAUGAUUCGAUGAACAUAUAUGCCUGGUUCAUAUGGUGGCGCAUCGUCGUGGGCAUCGGUGUGGGAGCAGACUAUCCGCUGAGUGCUGUCAUCACGAGUGAAUUUGCGCCUACUAAGCAUCGCGCACGAAUGAUGGCUUCCGUGUUCUUCAUGCAGCCGUUGGGGCAGAUCUGGGCCAACCUGGUAUCACUGAUUGUCAUUGCCGCCAGCCGCGGCGAUGCCGAUGACAUGACCAAGUCCGUGGAUAGGAUGUGGCGCUAUGUGAUUGGUAUCGGUGUAAUUCCGGCAGCAAUAGCUACUUGCUUCCGGUUCUUCGUCCCCGAGUCUCCGCGCUUUCUCAUGGAGAUAGACGAUGACCCUGUGACGACGGAAUUCGAUGCAACCAUGCUUUUUACCAAUCUCAACUCUGUUUCCCCCUCCCCAACCCUCGAAGCUGAUAGUUGGCACAACCUUCCGCAACCGGCGAUCUCAUUGACCACUAUCACGGCGGAAGACCGAUCUUCCACCUCCCAAACGGGCAUCCUCCAGCCUGCGACCCUAAACUCACAUUGGCACUUGACGCGAAAGGACAUUAUGCAAUACUUCUGGGUGGAGGGGAACUGGCGUACUCUUGCUGCGACGUCUGUAUCGUGGUUUUUCCUUGACUUUGGCUUCUACGGCAUCAGUCUUUCGAGCCCACAAUUCUUGGCUAAGACCUGGGGGUCACUGCACUUGAGCGCCCCGGCACCCUACUGGGAGACCGAUGACAGCCCUUUGGCAAAUGUCUACGACAUGUUCUUCGCGUGUUGCACUCAUGCCCUGGUUAUCCUCAACGUCGGCAGCUUUAUCGGCGGCCUUCUUCUUAUCUUGGUGAUCCACAAACUGGACAGAGUGGCUUUGCAGAAAUAUUCAUUUCUCGCACUAUCGGCACUCUUCAUCGCCCUCGGAAGCAUGCUUAUCAGUAUACAAAAAGAAGGGCCUGUGGCGGUGGUCUUGUACGUAAUCGGACAAGCACUGUUCAACUUUGGGCCGAACGCCACAACUUAUAUCAUUCCCGCUGAGAUUUUCCCCACUCGCUACCGCGCCACGUGUCACGGCAUCAGUGCUGGGGCGGGAAAAAUCGGUUCGGUAGUGGUACAGAUCUUUUCUGCGUACUACAAUUUCGGCGGAGGUUUCGGAGAAGAGCCGGUCCGGCGCCACGGCUACGUUAUGAUUGUAUUUGCAGCAUGCAUGCUGUUUGGAGCGGCCGUAACAUGCUGGAUACCUCCGAUACAGAGGAAAUCAGAUGGGUCCGGGAGGGGAAAGGUGUGGGGUGGGAGAACCGAGACGCUGGAGACACUGGCUCUCGGUCGACUGUGUUUGGAAAGUCGGUAUGCUAGUCAAAGCAGGAGAAGAAGAAGGGAUGUUGUCUCUUAGCUUGGCAUGCAUGGUUGGUGGUUCAGUUUUAGAUCUGGGUGGAUCACUCUCUACUAGUUUAUUGCAUAUACAUCAACUUACAUAUCAUACCGAAG